CUCACCCGGGGUUGCUGUUGCUUCCCGGCUGGUUGGUCCGCUGCCGGCCAUGGCCAACGUCUCCAAGAAGGUGUCAUGGUCCGGCCGCGAUCGCGACGACGAGGAGGCGGCGCCGCUGCUGCGGAGGACGGCGCGGCCCGGCGAGGGGUCGCCGCUGCUGAACGGGGCCGGGCCGGCCGCGCGCCAGUCACCUCAUCCUGCAUUUUUCCGGGUUGGACAGAUGAACAACGUGGAGCCGGAUGACGAGCUCCUGGACCCGGAGGUGGACCCUCCCCACCCCUUUCCCAAGGAGAUCCCACACAAUGAGAAGCUCUUGUCCCUCAAGUAUGAGAGCUUGGAUUAUGACAACAGUGAGAACCAGUUGUUCCUGGAGGAGGAGAGGCGAAUCAACCAUACGGCCUUCAGGACAGUGGAGAUCAAGCGCUGGGUCAUCUGUGCCCUCAUUGGGAUCCUCACAGGCCUUGUGGCCUGCUUCAUUGACAUUGUCGUGGAGAACUUAGCUGGCCUCAAGUACAGGGUCAUCAAGGACAAUAUCGACAAGUUCACAGAAAAGGGCGGGCUGUCCUUCUCCCUCCUGCUGUGGGCUACACUGAACUCUGCCUUUGUGCUUGUGGGCUCUGUGAUCGUUGCUUUCAUAGAGCCAGUUGCUGCUGGCAGCGGGAUCCCCCAGAUCAAGUGCUUCCUCAACGGGGUGAAGAUCCCCCAUGUGGUACGGCUCAAGACGUUGGUGAUCAAAGUGUCCGGCGUGAUUCUGUCCGUGGUGGGGGGACUGGCCGUGGGAAAGGAAGGACCAAUGAUCCACUCUGGGUCGGUGAUCGCUGCUGGCAUCUCCCAGGGAAGGUCGACGUCACUCAAACGAGAUUUCAAGAUCUUUGAGUACUUCCGCAGAGACACAGAGAAGCGGGACUUUGUCUCAGCAGGAGCUGCUGCUGGAGUGUCUGCUGCAUUUGGAGCCCCUGUGGGUGGGGUUCUGUUCAGCUUGGAGGAGGGUGCCUCCUUCUGGAACCAGUUCCUGACAUGGAGGAUCUUCUUUGCUUCCAUGAUUUCCACCUUUACUCUGAAUUUUGUUCUGAGCAUCUACCAUGGAAACAUGUGGGACCUGUCCAGUCCAGGGCUCAUCAAUUUUGGAAGAUUUGACUCUGAGAAAAUGGCCUACACCAUCCAUGAGAUUCCUGUUUUCAUUGCCAUGGGGGUGGUGGGUGGCAUUCUGGGAGCUGUGUUCAAUGCCCUGAAUUAUUGGCUGACAAUGUUUCGAAUUAGGUACAUCCACCGGCCCUGCCUCCAGGUGAUCGAGGCCAUACUGGUUGCCGCUGUCACGGCUACAGUAGCCUUUGUGCUGAUUUACUCAUCCCGGGACUGCCAGCCCCUGCAGGGGAGUUCCAUGUCCUAUCCCCUCCAGCUCUUCUGUGCAGACGGUGAGUACAACUCCAUGGCUGCAGCCUUCUUCAACACCCCCGAGAAGAGUGUGGUCAGCCUUUUCCAUGACCCACCAGGCUCGUACAACCCCAUGACCCUGGGCCUGUUCACCCUUGUCUACUUCUUCCUGGCCUGCUGGACCUAUGGACUCACAGUGUCUGCUGGCGUCUUCAUCCCGUCCCUGCUCAUUGGGGCUGCCUGGGGUCGUCUCUUUGGUAUCUCCCUGUCCUACCUCACAGGAGCAGCGAUCUGGGCAGACCCUGGCAAAUAUGCCUUGAUGGGAGCUGCAGCCCAGCUCGGUGGGAUCGUGAGGAUGACCCUGAGCCUGACGGUUAUUAUGAUGGAAGCCACCAGCAAUGUGACCUAUGGCUUCCCCAUCAUGCUGGUUCUGAUGACUGCCAAGAUCGUGGGUGAUGUCUUCAUCGAGGGUCUGUACGACAUGCACAUCCAGCUGCAGAGUGUGCCCUUCCUGCACUGGGAAGCCCCGGUCACCUCACACUCGCUGACUGCCAGGGAAGUGAUGAGCACACCAGUGACCUGCCUGAGGAGGAGAGAAAAGGUUGGUGUCAUCGUGGACGUCCUGAGUGACACAGCAUCUAAUCACAACGGGUUUCCCGUGGUGGAGGACGCAGGUGACACCCAGCCAGCCAGGCUCCAGGGCUUGGUCCUGCGCUCCCAACUCAUUGUGCUCCUGAAACACAAGGUGUUUGUGGAGAGAUCCAACAUGGGGCUGGUGCAGCGGCGGCUGAGGCUGAAGGACUUCCGCGACGCCUACCCACGCUUCCCCCCAAUCCAGUCUAUCCAUGUCUCCCAGGACGAGCGCGAGUGUACAAUGGACCUCUCCGAAUUCAUGAACCCCUCCCCAUACACUGUGCCCCAGGAGGCAUCUCUCCCUCGUGUGUUCAAGCUGUUCAGGGCUCUGGGCCUGAGGCAUCUGGUGGUGGUGGACAACCGCAAUCAGGUGGUUGGACUGGUGACCAGGAAGGACUUGGCCAGGUACCGCCUGGGGAAAGGAGGACUGGAGGAGCUCUCACUGGCCCAGACGUGAGGCCCCACCCUCAGCGGGCAGCGGCACCAUGGCCCUUUUGUGCCUUGUCCUGUGUUCCCUGGUCUCCUGGCCAAAGCCUCGCUUUGGGCAGCACAGCAGCAGGAGCAAGCAUCCUCCAUCCUUGGACCUGGCUGUCAUGUAGGCCUGGCCCUUGUCAUGGGCAGUUGGUUUACAUCCUCAGCACUCCCCAUGUGCCCGGCCCCUCAGACUUUCUCCUUCUUGGGUUCCUUCCCCUUCAGGGAUCAAGUGUGUGUGCAGUUGCACCCCUGGCAGCUGGCUUCCUAAAAGCCAGCAGGGACUGACGUGUGAGUGAGAUGGGCAAGCUGCGCCCUGUUGCUGCUUCUGUGUUGUUUCUGUGGAGGGGUCCCCUCUGAUUGCCAUGCUGCCUGCAUCUUCAGGCACCUCCACUGUAAGGGCUCAAAGGAGCAGGCUCCAUGGGGGAGCCCCAUGUGUGGCCUGUUCUGGGUCUGUGCCUGACUUGGGAGACUCCAGGUCCAGAAGAUGGAGAGAUGGGGUCCGUUCCAGGGUCUUAACUGCUGAGACUCCCCUGAGAGCCUGAGUCCUCCUCCAGAGGGUCCCUGCACUUGAGGACAGCAGCCAGGGAGGCAGGUUUCCUCAGCACCAGGUGGCCCUGGUAUCAGCAGUGACUCACUUCUCCUGGCUGCAACAGCCAGAAAGUGCAAGACCACUGGAGGUGUCCUCCCGAAGGCCUCAGAGGACCCCAGCCCAGCCCAUGGUGACCCUAGGCUGGGGUGACCCUAGGCUCCAAGGGACACUUGGUGAAGGUAAUUUCAGUGUUGUGUUGCUAGCGUGUUUCUGUCCUGUGGAGCACUGGCAGGUCUGUAAUGCUCCCUCCCAGGGAUUGGCCCCUUUUCUGCCCUCCAUGGGGCAUUGAGUGUAUCUGGGUCUGGGUGCAAGAAAUAAGGGACUCUACCCAGAGAGCCAGUGCCAGCUUCCUUUUCCUCUCUCCUCUGCUGGGGUUGUACUGAGCCUAUGGGUCAGGGUGCUUACCGUGGUGAUAACAGGCAUACCACAGCCACCUAGGGUCCCUGUGGGAAGGUAAGCUGCAGACCCAGUCAGGUCUUGGUAAAUAGUCUGGCACCAUCACCUGGGACCCUGGCCUCCUCAUCUUGUCCCCACAGCCUUGCUUUUGGGGAUGCACCAUAGAGCCUGGCUUCUGCCACCAUAUCUGAGUGAUGUUCCCCCAAGCCUGGGCAUGAACACUGGUGGGAGGCUCUUCCCCAGGGAGCCCUCUGUUUACACAAAGCUCGGCACAGCCAGGUCUUGUCCCUGACCCACCUUGCCUGCUCCACUGGGCCCUGGUGGGUGGGUCUGAGUGAUCAGGGCCUGAGGUGUUCUGGGUCCUGGAAGGGGGCAUUUGAGUUGAACCCAAGGGAAUGAAAAACACUGCAUAGGGCCUCAAAGACUUGGUACCAAAAAAAGCACGUGCAAUCUUGUUCACAGUCGUUUUAUGUUAAUUAUAUGUUGAAAUGAUAUUUUGGAUAUAUCAAGUUAAAUAAAAUGAACUAUCAAAACUCACUUCACCCGUCUCUCCUGACUCAAUGAGGCUGCUAGGAAAGCUGAAGUCUCCAACCAGCCCUGUAUGCCCUGGGCAUGUGCCUCCCCACUCUUUGUGACCCAAGGACCAGUGAUGGCUCCUUGUGUCCUCCCUGUCUAUAUAGGCCACAGGCCACCCACCUUGAAAGAUAAACCCUUUGCAAGAAGGAUCCUUCUCUGUGCCCUUUGGAUCCUAUUGGGAACCGGCAGUUGGGAG